UCGAAAUGCGAGGUGAAAGGUGGGCAGGAAACAGGAUGGGACACCUCAAAGGGAGGGCACUGUGGGUGUGAUGGUCCCGGUUACGCGUCGCCACUGGAUGCUAUGAACGGUCCUAGAGAGACGCUGAUCUACGUGCCCUGCAUCCUAACCGGCACAGGGACCCAACAACCGGACUACCUGGCCACGGUGGACGUGGAUCCCGAAUCGCCCACGUAUUGCCAGGUGAUCCACCGCCUGCCGAUGCCCUACAUCGAUGACGAACUCCACCACACCGGCUGGAACGCCUGCAGCAGCUGUUUCGGGGACACCAGCAAGAGACGCAACCGCCUGAUCUUGCCUUGCCUGGGCUCCUCCCGGAUUUACGUGGUGGAUACGGGGACGGAUCUACGGGCUCCCAGGCUGUUUAAAGUCAUUGAGCCCAGAGAAGUCUUCCGGAAAACCAACUUGGCUUUCCCACACACGUCUCACUGCCUGGGUAGCGGCGAGGUUAUGAUCAGCACUCUGGGGGACCCUCUCGGCAACGGAAAAGGUGGAUUCAUCCUUCUGGAUGCGGAAACCUGGGAAGUGAAGGGGACCUGGGAACGCCCGGGCGACGAGCCCCCACAAGGGUACGACUUCUGGUACCAACCAAGGCACAACGUCAUGAUCAGCACCGAAUGGGGAGUGCCGAAGUAUUUAAUUAAUGGAUUCAACCCAGAAGAUCUGGGGAAAGAGCGCUACGGCCGGCGCCUGAACGUCUGGGACUGGACGACCCAUUGCCUCGUCCAGUCGAUUGAUGUCGGGCAGGACUCCGCCCCGCUGGAGAUCCGGUUCCUACACAACCCCGAUGCUGCCCAUGGCAUGGUGGGCUGCACGCUGCAGAGCUCCAUCCAUCACUUCUUCAAAACACGGGAUGGGUGUUGGGCGGCGGAGAAAGUGAUCCAUCCUCCAGGUUUCAUCACGGACAUCCUCAUUUCGCUGGACGACCGCUUCCUCUACCUGAGCAACUGGCUUCACGGCGACCUCCGUCAGUACGACAUCACUGACCCUCACUGCCCCAUACUGGUGGGCCAGGUGUUUGUGGGGGGCAGCAUCCCCAAAGGCGGGGCGGUUACUGUGCUUAAGGAUCCAGAGCUAAACUGUCAGCCCGAUCCCUUUGUGAUCCAGGGAAAGAGAGUCUACGGGGGACCUCAAAUGAUUCAGCUCAGUUUAGAUGGCAAGAGACUUUACACCACGACCUCUCUUUACACGCCGUGGGACAAGCAGUUUUAUCCUCAGAUGGUCAGGGAAGGUUCGGUCAUGUUGCAGAUUGACGUGGACACGGAGAACGGAGGCCUGUCGGUGAACCCGGACUUCCUGGUGGACUUUGGGAAGGAGCCCUGCGGUCCCGCUCGCGCGCACGAGAUGCGCUACCCGGGGGGAGACUGCACCUCAGACAUCUGGAUCUAGCAGCCUGCUCCGGUCUCCUACUAAGCUAAUGUCACAGGAGGAAGAAGGAUAAUGCUCACUGGGG